UGACAACAGAAUUAGUCUCUGUCAUACCUAUUUGGAGAUGGACAAACAUAUGUCUUCCCAUGUGCUUUAACAAUGUUAUUUACAUUUGUUAUACAUGAAAUAGGAAUCAUAUCCAAUUUUUCAGGACAUUCCACUUGCCAUACACAACCAACAGACUGUAUCUUUUUAAAAUAAUUCACUAAUGCUAAGUUAACAGGUUCCUGAUUUCUUUUUAAGCAUUGAUAAAAUGCUAUAACUGUACAAAAUUGCAUUUCUCCACUUAUGGCACAAGUUACAACAUUUUGCUGUCUUUUUUGUAGCCUUUCAUACUCCUUGCCAUAUACAUAAAAACCUUUUCUAUACAUAUCAAUUCUGUUAAAAACUUUAACUUCUUUUUCUAUAAUGCCAAAUUUUCUUGCAAGGGUUAGCUCUAUUGGAGUUAACACUUUCACAUUUGCACUCCCAAUUGGCCUAAUCCCAUCUUCUAUUUCAUCUUCAUACUUGUGCCUUCCUGUAACACUGUCAGUUAGUUCAUUGUAAAGUGAUAAAACUUGUUCAUCUGCACUAUCUUUAAGAAAAAUAUUGUACAUUAUUGGAGGUACCUUUAACAUGUUUAUAAUAUUUGUCAAUUGUGUAUCAACCCCUUGCGUACCAUGAAUAUGUUUAACAAUAAAACCAUUGAGAUCUUCAAAUAUAAAACAAUUAUUUACAAACAAUGGUCCUGUUUCUCGCACACAUUCAACAAGAUGAACUAACUGAUGUUGAUUUAAAGUUAGAUAUCGUUUUCCAUACAAAUAUUGAUACUGUUCUACAAAAAGAAGCAGCGCUCUUUCAACUGUUUCUAAUUCCUCAUUACUAAUUCCCUCUUUUGAAAGAAUGAAUAUGGAUCUAGCCAACAAACAAAAAUGUACAAAGUAUGGUCCAGACAGUAUCCCCUCAAGAAGUGGAAUGCCCCAAUACAGCAAAAAAUUUCUGUAUUCUGAGGAUUUCCAAUGGGCUAUUUCAUCAAUUGACCUUGGUAUUCGUGUCACAAAAAUAGCAGGUUUUAUAUUUCUUAACAUGUCAUUUACUUGACUCCUUAAAUGAAAGAAUGAAAAUUCUUUUGAUUUGUUUUUCUUAUCAAACCAUAAAGUAAGCAUUUGUUUAACAGUACCCAAACAUACACCAUGCAUAUAGUCUAUAACACAACUUUUGACAGGAUCAAAAUGUUUUAAGUACAUGAACCAGAACUUUCCUUUGUGUCCAUUAACUGUACAUUUUGAUUCAUUGUUUAAGACUUUUUCAACAGCAGACUGUGCAUCUCUAUCGAUCGUUUCUUUGCUGCGGGGAGGGCCUUUUGGAUUUGACUCAUCAUAAGGAAAUAUAUGAGAAAUUCCUCCUGUUUCAUGUUUGUGAGUUUCUCCUUUUUGUAAACAAAACCAACAACUGUAUUCACCAUUAAACUGAUUACAGUUAUAUACCAGUGCUCUUGCAGGAAGGUCACAUGUACAUGUUAAAAGAAUGCAUUUGCAUAAAAAACUGUUGCCAUCACUGUCAAUAAAGUUAUGUCCUCUUGAUUCCAAAUACUGCAUUUCACUGAAAAGUGGUUUGAAGAAUGACCACAUCUGUGGUUUUUUGUUUGAAAUCCAAACACCAUAAAGCAAUGCAUUCUGUCGUCGUUUUCGCUGAGAAAGUGGGAGUUCAUUGACUAGCAUAUACACAGGCCAAAUACUUACAUUUGAUGACUUGAAAAGAGGUGCACCGUCGGUGUUUAAUGAAAAUGAUAAAUUGUUUUUGUUGCUAAGAAUUCCAUUAUUUUCAAAGAAUUUUUUGUACAAAUUUCCAUCAUAUAUGUCACUUAAUUUACUCUUAAAAUUGUGUUCGUAGUGUUGAAAUCUAUGCUUUCUAACAGAAUUGCAAAAAUCAGGGGUUUUCCAAAGAGAAGUUAAUUGAGACACUAAUUUGAUUUGUAAGAAAUAAGCCAUUGCUCCAGUUUGAGUCAAAGAUUUUUUGCAAGAUGGACAUUGUUUACUGUGUUUUUCUACCACUGUGUAACAAUAAUUACAGUGAAAUAUUAUGUUUGGUAAGGCACCACAAGAGAAUCUUUUGAUAAAAUUUCUAAAGUGGUACAAACUACCCAUCAGUCGAUUGCAGUGUGGUAAAAUACAAGCCAUAAACUUUAGCAAGUAUGAUACUGCUUCAUCUGGUAGACGGAAUCUUAUAACAAAACAGCAUAUGAGUAACACAACUACACCAACGGAAUGACGAGAAUUUUCAAAUAAAGGGAUCUCACUUUGAUCUUUGAUCUUUAUCUCCUCUUCUUCUUUGGAACAAGUUUGCAAAAUUUCAUCUGAAAUAAUUUGUCCUAUAUGUUCAAUCUCUAUUCCGUCAUAUUCAGUGUAUGUAGAAGUAAAGUCAUCCUCAUUUGCCAACAAAUCACUGUCCCUCAAUUUUGCUUCUUCAUGAAAGGCAAAUAAAAUCUCAUCAAACUGUUCAUCAAAAGCAUUAUUUGACUCAGCACAUUCCAUUGCUGGUUCAUCUUGACCAUGCUGUUCAACACGUUGAUGCUGUUCAUCUUCAACAUUUUGUGAAAUGGUGACAUUGACACAUUCUGUCACAGAUGAAGUGCAAUUCAAACUGUCAUACAAUUCAUCUGAGUUGUUGUUUCUGUGCUCAGAAUUUUCAUCUGUAACAAAUGCACCACUUGCUUGGGAUUCAGAUUCUGUUUUGUUCAUUUUGAUUUCAUGUUGUGAAUUGUUUACUGUUUCAAGUACUUCUGCAUGUUCUGCAAGUUGUGCAUCUGCACUGCAGGCUAAGCUGCUUUCAACUACUUCAAGUUGUCCACUUGGUGUUGAAUUCACCUGUAAAAAAAAUAACAAUGUAUUUGAAAUUUAAUUUAUUAACACAUAAAGUUUAAUUUUCAAUUUGGUGUGAAUUUUGAUAUCAAUUUAGUUCAUAAUAUAAAUAUUGGGUUUUAAAGGGUUGAUUUCAAACUAUUGUGUUUAAAUUCUCUUAUUUUAGAAUUAUGAACCUCAUUUCUUUUACAUGCAUGGUGGAUCUAUACUUGUAAACAUUCAAGGCUAAUAUACAUAUUCCGCAUUCUAUAUAUUUUAAGAAAUUGAAUAAGAGAAGAAGAAAUACAUACAUUAGUCCAGCUUUAUCUAUAACUGUACUAUCAGUGGCAGUAUUAAGCCUUAGCAUCGUUUUUUUCUAACCCCCCCCCCCCCCCCCCCCCGCAAAUUGAUGUUUUAGUUGUUUUUCCAAUGCCCAGCAAGAUCCCUCUACAUUUAGUUGGAUUGAAUCCGACCUUUUGAUGGCCUUUUUUCAUUUAUCAUCAUGGUUAUAGAAUACCAGGCUCAACAAUAUGACCACCCCCCCCCUUCUAAUAUGUCUGCUAUAGCUUUCAUGUUCUCACCACAUUCUAGACAGAAUCAACUUCAAAAGCACAUAUUUUCAUUACAAAGAAAAAUAUGUAGUAUAAUUAUCUCUAAUCCCUGCCAUAUAACUAAUUAAUAUUCGUAACACGUAUAUAGUCCUACCUUAUCUUUUCUUUUGCGGUAUCUCUUUUUCGGUGGGGUCUCCAUCGCGUUCUUGCGCCGUAACAACUUUAUACCUACCGGAAAUCAGCGCCUUCAACAUAGGAGAGCACACUGGCGGGAGAUUCUAGCUUAACACAUUAGACGCACUUCGACCUGGCACUUUGAACUGUUGAAAGAUGGCUCAAUUAUUCCACAGGGAAGAUUCACAUUUUUUAGUGUUUUUUGAUGCUGACAAAACUGUGCAAUUAUUGCCAAAGCAGAAGAUUACCUUCUUGGAUGAAGAUAAUGUGACAGUUUUCUUUCCUACAUCAAAUCUUCGAGAGGAUGGUACAGAAGAAAUUGAAGAUAUAGCAUACACUGGAAGAGUAUUCUUUUCAGGAAGUGCUUCAAAAUGCAGAGGAAUGAAAUCGAAAAUUGAUGAGGGGGAUGGCGGUGAAAGAGAUACAGAUUUCUUUACUUCUUUACAAAACCAGGCAAAGGAAGUUAAAAGCUGUGGGAAAAGGGGUGCAAGCAUAAAACUGAAAAGAGCACUGGAGGAGGAAACGAGGGAAAUGGCAGCAAAAAAAGGGCAAAAGCAAAAAUCAAAAAGUGACUCUACCACUACAUCGGCAGCAGAAAAAAAAACAACCAAAAGAAAAACAAAAACUGACACACCCCUCAGUGAACUAGAAGCAAAGAAAUCCAAAUCACAAAUAACAAAGGACUUGAAAUUAAAAGAAAUGAUGGCAUUUGCAGGAGUAAGUUCUGCAGAAAGUCCAAAAGUUUCAGAUUCCAACAUCUCUAUGGAAUCUCAAAGCAGACAAAACAAGCCUCAGUGUAGCUGCAGCCCUAGAAAAGAGGCAUUGGCAGACAGCACAUCUGCAACAGGUGUUGCAAGUGGGUUUCAAGGAAGGCAAACAGAAACUUUACAACAUAUAAAUGCUACUGUCCCGUCCGAAACCAGCACUAAGAAAAUUGUUGAGCCAGAGCAAACAACAUCAGCUACUUCCAUGCUUGUUUCUUCUAGCUUAAACUUAUUGAAUUCUAAUGAUCUGGAGCCUACAGAUCUGGAGUAUAACAACACUGGGGAGGUUGAUUUCUCCGAUGCCUAUUAUGUGCCAGAAUAUGGUUAUAAUUCAGACAUGGGUCAAUCUGAGACUUGCGGACAAUCAUCCCCCAUUCAAAAUGUUAUUGGUUACUAUCAGCAGCUGGACCCUUCACAACAGGGAACAAUUCUUGGAUUCCUGAAUAUGCUGUCCUCUGAGUUGCAUGGUAUAACAUAUGGGCAGUCACCAAGCAGUUCCACCAACCCACCAAACAGUUCAAACAUGACUGGGAAUGAUUUUUCAGUAGAACAACACAGAGCUCUGUCUGCUGAUGCAUCAACAACAGAUGAAAAUGAGCGAAAGGUGCCAUUGAUAAUGGAUAAGGAUGACAUUUUCAAGGAUGUCCUUGUUAACCCAUCUAAACUAAGAAAUGCAGAAUCAAGUGCGCUGAUGGCAAAACAUCCCGCAGCAUUUCUGUUGAAUAAAGUUUUGGAUUUGGUAUUCCGUGUAGACGAGUUGAAAACCUCCAAAGGUGUAAAAGGCCUGAACACACACAAAAUGGAAGCCAUAAGUGAGUACCUGUUCGCAUGGUGUACCAAAAUGGAUAUCGAAAAUGUUUCAUCCAAGACACAGACAACUAUAGUUCAGAACAAGAUCGGAAAUUUGAGAUUUAAAGGAGUGAAAAAAACAAAACUUGCAAAGAAAAUGAACAAGUAAAUUUGUUGCAUGUCUAUGUUAAUACCAUUUAGAUACUGCUUGUAAACUGCCAAAUCUGUGGAGAGGAUCCAAAAUUUAUUUUCAUAUUUUACUUAUUGUAAAAAUGGUUUUAAAAUGGUUAUUAAAUGGUUUAAAAGAGAACCAUUUUUGUCUCAUUUGCAUAAAUGGUUUUUGAAUGGUUAAUUUGCAUGUUAUAAGGCCCAAAAAAAUGGUGUUUGAAUGGAUGUUUACUGAUGGUUUGAAUGGAAAUAAAAUGAAAAAUGGUUUUUAAA